AUUUUAGGCAUUUUUUGCUUUAAAAUGUUCCUAAAAGAUAAUGGGUUCUACUGUUAAUAAGUUGUAUCAAUAACUGUAUUUAUUGUUUAAAUUAUUUACGAAAGUCGCCUGCUGAAAUUUUUUUCAUAUUCGAUUUCUGGAUUUGGUCCCCAAGAAACACGGCACUGAAAUUCGGAGUUAGUCCAGAACUCUGAAAUGGUUUUUAAAUUCUGUUUUGUGAAAUAAAUAGAUUGUGCAAUAACAUGUAGCUAAUACAGUUCAUGUAUCACGUUUCUUGAUGAUAAAUAUAUUUUUUUAAGUGACAAGGAAAGAGAAAUACAUAAAGUCGGGUCUGAUAAUUUCUUUUAAUUUUCUUACUUUAUCUAAAGGAGACCAAAUUUCGGAGUAAACAAAUUUAAACCAUUUAAAGUUGCGUAAAAAAUCAUGGACAACGUAGAGAAAUUAAAGAUCAUAAAGAAUGCGGUUGGAACUUAUCCCAACUUUCCGAAGGAUGGCAUUACAUUUAGAGAUAUAUUUGGGAUAUUCCAAAACGUAACAGCUUUAAGGGCUUUAAAAGAUCUCAUAAUUGAUCAUGCUUCUUCUUUGGAAAUCGAUGUCGUAGUUGGUUUGGACUCAAGAGGAUUUUUGCUGGGGCCCAUAAUCAGUCUAGAACUCGGAAUACCAUUCUUCCCUAUCAGGAAGAAAGGAAAACUUCCGGGUAAAGUUAUACAACAAAGCUAUACCCUGGAAUAUGGAGAGGAUGUAUUUGAAAUUCAGACGGGGAAUCUUAGCUCUGGAAAAAAGGCGUUAAUUGUUGAUGAUUUAUUAGCAACGGGAGGUUCGAUGACAGGAGCGAUUAAAUUGCUGGAAAAAACAGGAGUCAAGGUUGUUGAGUGUCUAGCAGUAAUUGAAUUGACAUCGCUAAACGGUCGUUCAAAAUUAGACGCCCCUGUACACUCUUUGAUUCAAUAUGAUUAAUUAAAAUUUUUAACGCAUACAAGUUAUUGUUCAGAAUCUCUCAAUGUCUAAAAAACAUUCCGAAGACCAUUACUAGAAAAUGGCAUAUUUUUAUAUUCUGUAAAUAUGUGCAAUUCAUGUACAAUAAA